AUUUUAGGGUAAGACUCCAUAUGAUCUAGCAGCAGCAAUGAAAAAUAGGCAGUAUAAAGAAGUAAUGGAAUACUUAAAGGCUGCUGUACUAAAGACGAAAGAUUCUAUGUUGAACAAACUGCUUGGCAGCGGAAGCUACCAAUCGUUUGACAUGCGCUGCAUGGUAACCGGCCAGUUUGCUACUGGGAAAUCAAGUCUAGUCAAGCUUUUAGUUGGGGAUAAUGUUCCAGAAGGGCGACAUGCGACUGAUGGCAUUUCCCUCGUUGAAGGUCGCUGUGGACUUGAUAUAGAGACAAGAAAUUGGAUCAUGAUUGAUCCAGGAACAUAUAAUGCCUUGGAUGUAGUAUACAAUAAGGUUUUAAUGACCUCUGUUGAAAAGGAUGAAAGAAAACAAACAAAAACAUCAGGAAAACAUAAAUCGGAUGCAAAACUUGUUGAACUUCCAAAUAAAGAUGAUAUUCAUUCUCAGAAGUCAGAAGCUACCAAGUCAACAUAUUUUCCUGUGAACCUCUCAGGUGAGCCUUUUACACAGCAACAAGCUACCAAGUCGACAUAUUUCCCUGUGAACCUCUCAGGUGAACCCACUACACAGCCACAAGCUACCAAGUCGACAUAUUUACCUGUGAACCUCUCAGAUGAACCUUCUACACAGCCACAAUCUACCAAGUCAACAUCUUUCCCUCUGAACCUCUCGGGUGAACCCUCUCAGCAGCCACAAGCAGCCCAAUCUUUGUCACAACAGAUUUCCUCUAUUGAGUCUAAAACACAGCAAAUGAAGAAGAAAAUGACAACUAAAAUGACCAAGAAAGAAAUGAGAAAGAAAAUGGAAAAGGUCCUCAAAACUGGUAAAUAUGAAAUGAAAGUUGGCAGACUCAUCUUCUGGGACUUUGGUGGACAGUAUGUCUAUUAUACAACACACCAGACAUUCAUGACUUUCAGAGCUUUGUUUCUAGUAGUUUUUAAAGGCAGUGCUUUAAGGCCUGACUUUUAAGUCAUGAGGUUCAUCUUUUCAUACGCAAUCUUGGCAGGGGGUCUUUUGGCCAGAAAUAGAUCCGGAAAUGUUCGAAUUUCUCCUCUUCUUUUUAUGGUAUGAUAUGGUUUUUAUUUCUUUCAUUUACAUUGGGGACUAAAUAAACGAUCAGUGUGUUUUGUUUGUUUUAUAGAACUUGUUAUGAGUGUGUAUUUUGCAUUAUAAGCAGUCAACCUGACUACAAACUAUCAUUAUGUGUAUUCUGUGCGGAAAGAGGUCGGGUCAAUUUCGAGUGUUAU